AUGUCAAGUGGUGAAGAGGAUACUCCACUCGGAGAACUCCAGGCAAAACACAGAAAAGAGAAGAAGGACUUGCAGGCCAAGAUCCAAGCGUCGAAGAAAAAUGCAAAAAGGUGGCAACAAGAAGCAGCAAAAGAAGCAAAUGAAGCGGCCGAAGCGAUGGAAAAGGAAAUGAAAGAGAGACACGACCGAGAAAUCACUGAGCUCAAGUUGCAAGAGGUGAAAGUUGGAGGAACAGCGGAGGCUUCAAACGCUGCGAAAAAAGGCGAAAGUGAGCACGAAGAUGAUGAGGAGUCGAAAUUCUAUCGAGAACCCACGAAGAAGUCUAAGGCAAUGUUGCGACGUGAAAAGAAAGAGGAGGACAAUCGACGAGCAGCCGCAGCUGCGAAAGAAGAUGAGAAAAACGCUAAAUUCGGACAACGCGCUAAGGAGUGGGAAGUUAUCAAUCGACAACUUAUUGAACGAGGUCUCGAGACUGUGGAUAUACCGUCUGAUGGUGAUUGCCUUUUCAAUGCCAUUGCUGAUCAAUUGAGACAAAACGGCAACGGUGGAGUAACUGGAAAAGAGCUCCGAAGAAAAGCAGCUAAUUUUAUGCGUGCCCAUCCCGACGAUUUCAUGCAUUUCAUUGACACUUCAGAAAUUGAAGGCGACGAUAUUGAUCAUGAGGCAUUCAAGAAAUAUUGCAAGCGCAUCGAAGGGGACAGCGAAUUGUGGGGUGGUGAGCUCGAGAUUAACGCUUUGUCGAGAGCCUUGGAAAAUAAAAUACAGGUGAUUCAACCAGAUGGCCGUCUCCUUGAAUUUGGCACCGAUUAUUCAAAGAAAGCCCACUUUGUAUUAACAUAUCAUCAGCACGCCUUUGCUCUUGGAUGUCAUUAUAACUCGACACGUAAAGCAACACAAAAAAACGACGAA